AUGGAUGGAACAUCUCUGCUGUGGCUUUUCUCUCUGAUUUCACUUGUGUGCUGCACAACAACGGAAGCUCAUUUGACUGUGAGUCCCAGCAGCUCUCAGUUCUUUAAAGAUGACCCUGUGUCUCUGAGCUGUGAGGAGGACGACAGCUCUGCUGGAUGGACUCUGAGGAGAAACACAAGCAAAGAAACCAUGACUCAGUGUGGAGCUGAGUGGGGUAAAUCUACUGGGAAUUCCUGCAGUAUCAGCUAUAUCUUAACACAGGACAGUGGAGUUUACUGGUGUGAGUCCAGAGAGGGUCCCAUCAGUAACAUGGUUAACCUGACAGUCACUGGUGGAUCAGUGAUCCUGCAGAGUCCUGUCCUCCCUGUGAUGGAGGGAGAUGACGUCACUCUGCUCUGUAAAACAGAGACCACUCCCUCCAACCUCCCAGCUGCUUUCUUUAAAGAUGGCGUCUUCAUUGGGAAUAGGCCUACAGGUCACAUGACCAUCCAGCAUGUUUCCAGGUCUGAUGAAGGCCUCUACAAGUGUGACAUCAGCAGUCAUGGCAAGUCUCCAACCAGCUGGAUCACUGUUACAGACCAAAAAGAGUUAACAGUCAAAGGAGGAGCAGAUGCCACUCUGGAGUGUUCUGGUCCCCCAAAUGCUACUUCAUUAAUUUUGAGGUGGGAAAAGCCUGACCUGCAGUCAGAGGAUUAUGUCAUCAUCUUCACAGAUGGUCGGUUUAUAGAAAACAUCCAGCAUAAACUCUUUAAAGGUAGAGUGGAGAUGAAAGAUCCAAAAUGGAAGGAGACUGGAGACUUUUCUGUGAUUCUCAAACAUGUCACCACAAACGACGAUGGAACAUAUGAAUGUAAAGCUGGAUAUGAUGGACAGAAACCACAGUCUCUAAACAACGUCACUUUGAAGGUUGAAAACUCAGGUGAGUUUAAUUUCAGCUUCUUCUUGGUUAUGGAUGUGACUCCAUAA